CUUUGCAGCAGUAUCAACAUGCCUGAACGUAGACAGGGCUAGUUAUCCACAUUGAAAGAAGCAAAUGGGAAAACUCCUAAAUGAAAUCAUAACUAGCUACCUGAAGACAUGAGCACAUUUCUGGAAACGGUGGACUAGGAUGCCUUUCUGUCACCGAUUUACUCAAAGGCAUUAUUGAGGUGCAGCAGCGAAACAUAAUCGGAACGGACCGCCUCGGAUAGCUAACUAGCUAGCCAGCUUGCUAACAGUACAGUAGCCAGCUAGCUAGAUGCCUUUACAGAAAAAGGCACAGUCUUUAGGCCAAGUCGUUUUACAAACCUCAACAUAUCCGAAAAAAUUAGCUAAUAUUACAAUACAAUAUUGCGGGUGCAUAUGUGUUUAAUCAGCUAAUGGUAGCUAGUCCGUUUCUCCUUUAGCUUUCUGGCUGUGCAAGCCAAACCUGUCAAUUCAGCGCAAGCCAAACCUGUCAAUUCAGCGGAUGAACUUGGUAUUCUGUGGAGACGCCGCGCGACAUUAGGCGCAGGGCCGGGUGAGGAAGCUGAGUAAAUAUAUUGGGAGUAUUCAAUUAGACGGGAUUGAUUUUAACCACACAAUUUAACAGCAACAUUACAUUUUACCAGCGCAUUUGCUUAUGAAAUGGUCACGGGGGAAUUUCUCGGUAACUUAGGUAUUAAGGCUACAUCCUUUUCGAUGAUGCGACAAUCGCUCGGAUUUUCAUUUUUCACUGUUUGAAAGCCUAGCUACGUAUCCUGCUCAAUUAGUUUAACAUUUAGUUAGUUAGGUAUUAACAAACAAUUGCUUAACUGUAUUACUAGUUGUGUCGUUAGGUUUGAUUCGGUCGUUUUUUUCCCAGUUCAUAACGUUAGUUUUCGGAUCACAACCGAAGAACAUGGAUCAGAAUGACAAAAGGAUUUGCACGAAUAAAAACCAUACAUUUACUGGUGACCAGUCACUUCACUGAGGGACCUCAACACUUGAUUUCUGGACACGUACUUGCCGCCAGAAUGAGAUAAUACAGCCGUGACAUUUGUCCACCCUGCCUUAAUUUACACAGUACAACAUGACCACACCGGCUCUACUGCCGCUGUCGGGCCGCAGGAUACCUACCCUGUCACCCAGCGCUGCCUCUUUCUCACACCACAGGGCCACCCUGAGGCUCUCAGAGAAGUUUAUCCUGCUCCUCAUCCUCAGUGCCUUCAUCACUUUAUGCUUUGGAGCUUUCUUCUUCCUCCCGGACAACUCAAAACACAAGCGCUUCGACCUGGGCUUGGAAGAUGUGCUGAUUCCGCACAUCGAGGCGCCAAAGGGGGCUAAGCAUCCUGGUGGACAGGUGGUCAUUCAUGGACAGGGGGGCCACGAUGAACACAGACACAGGGAGGAGGAGGAGAGCCUGCGGGAUAAGAUCCGAGCGGACCACGAGCGGGCGCUGCAGGAGGCCAAGGAGAAGCUGAGGAAGUCCCGGGAUGAGCUGCGGGCUGAGAUCCAGACGGAGAAGAGCAAGGUGGUGGAGGACCUGAAGAAGAAGAAGGAGGGGCCCAAGCCGUUACCACCGGUCCCCAUGCCCAAGGUGGUGGGGGUCAACGAUGGAGACCCCGGCGAGCCUGACGUCAAGGAGAAACGAGACAAAAUCAGAGAGAUGAUGAAGCAUGCGUGGGACAGCUACAGACAGUACGGAUGGGGACACAACGAACUGAAACCUCUCGCCAAGAAAGGACAUUCCACCAAUAUCUUCGGUAAUUCCCAGAUGGGGGCCACCAUAGUGGAUGCCUUAGACAGCCUGUACAUGAUGGGCCUUCAUGACGAGUUCAAGGACGGACAAGAGUGGAUAGAGCAGAACCUGGACUUCAGUGUGAACGCUGAGGUGUCUGUCUUCGAGGUCAACAUCCGCUUCAUCGGAGGACUGCUGGCCGCAUAUUACCUCUCUGGACAGGAGGUCUUUAAGGUGAAGGCGGUUCAGUUGGCUGAGAAGCUGCUCCCAGCCUUCAACACUCCCACAGGCAUCCCCUGGGCCAUGGUCAACCUCAAGAGUGGUGUGGGUCGUAACUGGGGCUGGGCGUCAGCAGGCAGUAGUAUCCUGGCAGAGUUUGGAACCCUCCACAUGGAGUUUGUCCACCUCACUUACCUCACCGGGAACCCUGCAUACUAUCAGAAGGUGAUGCACAUACGGAAGCUGCUGGCCAAAAUGGACCGACCCAACGGGCUCUACCCCAACUAUCUGAACCCUCGCACCGGCCGCUGGGGCCAACACCAUACAUCAGUCGGAGGUCUGGGGGACAGUUUCUAUGAGUACCUGCUGAAGGCCUGGCUCAUGUCAGACAAGACCGACACAGAGGCCCGCAAGACCUACGAUGACGCUAUCGAGGCCAUCGAGCGCCACCUGAUCCGUAAGUCCAACGGCGGCCUGACGUUCAUCGGGGAGUGGAAGAAUGGCCACCUGGAGAGGAAGAUGGGUCACCUGACCUGCUUCGCCGGGGGGAUGUUCGCUCUGGGGGCCGACGGCUCGCCUGACGACAAGGCUGGACACUACCUACAGCUUGGGGCUGAAAUUGCACACACCUGCCACGAGUCCUACGACCGCACCGUGUUGAAGCUGGGUCCGGAGGCCUUUAAGUUUGACAGUGGCCUGGAGGCGGUGGCGGUGCGUCAGAAUGAGAAAUACUACAUCCUGAGGCCAGAGGUCAUUGAGACCUACUGGUACAUGUGGAGGUUCACCCACGACCCCAAGUACAGGCAGUGGGGCUGGGAGGCAGCACAGGCCAUAGAAAAGUACUGCAGGGUCAGCGGUGGGUUCUCUGGGGUCAAGGACGUCUACUCCUCCAACCCAACCUACGACGAUGUCCAGCAGAGCUUCUUCUUGGCAGAGACGCUCAAGUAUCUGUACUUGUUGUUCUCCAGUGAUGACCUGAUGCCUUUGGAGAGCUGGGUGUUCAACACGGAGGCCCACCCCCUGCCGGUGCUGCACCUGGCCAACCUCACCCUACCAGGGAGCCAGGCCCAGCGGUAGAGACCAGGGGGGCCUCCAGACCUCGAGGGGGCCACAGCAGCCCUGUCUCCAUCUCUCCCUCUCACUGCUACAGACUGCAGAAGGAGAGAGCUCAGACCACUGCAGAGUGGAGGGGACUGAAACAAUAGCCUCUCUCGCUCGCUCUUCUUUCAUUCCCUAUAGCUCUCUCUGCUUAUCAUAAGGACGGAGGGUGCGUUCCACGUUUGUGAUUGGCUACUUUUCUGUUGAAACACCGGGCCCCAAUCAGGAAGCUUGAUUUGUUUUAGCCAAACUCUGUCUCAUAACGGACGCACACAGGAGCAAGAGAGUGUGUAUGAACAAACAAACAGAUGGACCCUUCUCUGAAGGGAUGUGUAUGUUUCAGACAGACUAGACAGACUGACAGUCAAACUGAAGACUAUGGGAUCUAUGGGGUUUGUUGAUUUCUUUUGUCAUUCUGUGUCCUGGACGCUGAUUGGCAGGGACACGACAGACUGCGACCCUCCUAGUCCGUCUGCCAUUUCCUGUUUACUGUCUUACUCUGAACUUUGACCUGGAACUGUAUCUGUGUCACUUUGUGGACGGGAGCAAUGGCUUAAUGCCUCCCAUUCUGGAACCUUUCAAAAGUGGACCGGUGAUAUGGAACUGAUAUCCCUUGCAUUCUCUAUGCUACAUUCUGCCAUUUCUGUACACUUUCUCCUCUCUCUCUGCUCUUUUGUCUCUUUCUCUGUCACACUCUCUCUCUCGCUCUGUAUCUCCCUCCAUCUCUUAUGAUUAGCAGGUUACAUAGCUUAGCCUGACCUCAUCAUUUUGUUGCUGCUAUUCCACCGAUUCUGCAUCUCUCUCCUCUCUAUCUUGUCUUAUCACACCAUUCUGCAUCUCUCUCCUCUCUACCUUGUCUUAUCACACCGAUUCUGCAUCUCUCUCCUCUCUACCUUGUCUUAUCACACCGAUUCUGCAUCUC